AUGUCGGCCACAAAACGCGAAGACUGGUGGAAGGUGUCAAAACGUCUGCAGACAGGGGCCUUGGUCUGUCUUAUCAUACAUAGAAACUUUGUGGUUUUCUGUACUGUCAUCACCCCUGAGGCACCUGCGUCUAAGCGACAGGAACGGCGUGACGCCAAACGGACAUACAAAGAAUCGGAUUAUCUAUGGAAGGAUUCGAAGCAAGCUUCUGUCUUUCUGCAACUGACCAGUAUGAGCGAUGGAGGCGUUGAAACGGUUCUGAAGCAUUACACCCAAAAGAAUUUUCACAUCACUCUUGUGGUAUUCCCAGGUGUGCUUCUACCGGCAUUUGAAUCGACGUUGAAAGCACUUCAUGCCGGGUCUCCACUCGAUGUCCCUCCUCCUCUUUACGCGACCGAACCCGGCUUUCAGUUCAACCUGCGCUGCUUGAUGAGUGAUAACAGUGAUUUCUUCGUUCGUGCCGGCCAUCCUACCGACUUACAAAAUCUGCGCCAGAAAUCAAGCUUGGACGACGCACAAGCUUCCGCCCUUGUGGACGCACUGCAACGAAAAAUAGGUCUGAUUCAAGGACCACCUGGAACCGGCAAAAGCUAUACAGGCAUUGCCCUCAUCAAGGUCCUUUUGGCCAACAAGGAGCAUCGAAGAAAAAGGAUAGGUUCAAUCAUCUGUUUGCUGGAGUCUUUGGUGCAGAAGAACGUCACAAAACAAAUUAUUCGCAUAAGAGGGCAGUCAAAAUCUGAAAUCCUGAAGCCUUACAAUCUCCGACACCUUGCCAAGAACUCUAGUAAAACAAAGUUGGAAAAGGCUAGCUUAUGGAGUGGUCAUAAUUCUUUGGAAGCUUGCGAGGAGGAUUUCGGUCAGCUUGGACUUCGAGGGGGUAUCUCGCUGACUCAUGUGCUGGUUCACUUGCGCAAAAACCACCCUGAACAAUACGAUCAGCUCUUCGGGAUUGAUGACGAUGGAUUCCAGCUUGCAGAUACUUAUACCCCCAUAAAGGUGCUCGAUAAAUGGCGAAUGACAGGCGCAAAAGCGUCCAACCACAAUAUUCGAAACGUGAAACAACUCGAAUCAACACCCCUAUUUCAAUUAUCACAGUCUGAGCGACAACGUCUCUACACACAUUGGCAAAGGGAGGUACAAGAAGACAUGCAAGAGAAGCUAAUCAAUAUUUGUCUGUCGCACAAUCAGACUAAAUGCGAUUUCGACAAUAUUCGGAGCGAGCAAUAUUUGCGUUGUCUCGGUCAAGCAGACGUUAUUGGCGUCACCACGACCGGUUUGGCCAGAAAUCUCAAUGUUCUCCGGAGACUACAGUCGAAAGUUGUCCUGUGCGAGGAGGCUGGAGAGGUCCUCGAAUCACAUCUCCUUACUGCUUUACUCCCAUCUGUGGAGCAUGCUAUCCUUAUUGGCGACCAUUGUCAACUUCGUCCACAGGUACAAAAUUAUGACCUCUCUCGCGAAAAUAAGAAUGGUGGAGAGAGGUACUCGUUAGACGUGUCCCUCUUCGAGCGUCUUGUUGAGAAGGACAGUGCCAUGGGCUGCAGUUUGCCUUACAGUACAUUGCAGACACAACGUCGCAUGCAUCCGUCGAUUGCCCAGCUCGUUCGUGAGACACUGUACCCACAGCUUCAGGAUGCUCCUUCGGUGUCUGAAUAUCCCGCUGUGAUAGGGAUUCGUAAGAGGCUGUUCUGGUUAGACCACGACAAGCCAGAGGGAAACCCGUCAAAUGCGGAGGGAACAGCCACAUCACGGUGGAACGACUACGAGAUUGAAAUGACUACUGCACUGGUCAAUCACCUAGUCAGUCAGGGAAAUUACAGCAGUAGUGAAAUUGCCGUCCUAACGCCUUACCUAGGCCAGUUACAGAAAUUGACACAGAAACUUUGCAGUUCAUUUGCGAUCACUCUAGGAGAUCGCGAUCAAGAUGACCUCGACAAAGCUAGCCUCCAAGAAGAUGAAGAUCAAGCCUCAAUCACCACUGCAGUAAAGGGGACACUUCUUCAAAGCCUCAGGGUAGCAACCAUCGAUAAUUUCCAAGGUGAGGAGGCGAGCGUGGUUGUGAUUUCACUGGUGCGCAGUAAUCCACAGAACAAUUGUGGUUUUUUGCGUACUUCCAACCGGAUUAAUGUUUUGCUUUCUCGAGCAAAGCAUGGCAUGUACGUCAUUGGUAAUUCGAGGACCUCUAUGCAUAUUCCCAUGUGGGCGGAUGUCAUUGAUAUUUUCAAGAGAAGUGAGAAUGUCGGAACCAGCUUGGAGUUGCAAUGCCCACGGCAUCCCGAUACUGUGAUUAGAGUAUCCGAGCCCGAUGAUUUUCCACGUGUCUCCCCAGAGGGCGGAUGUAAUCUGCGUUGCGUUAACCGUUUAUUGUGUGGCCAUGCGUGCAUUCAGAAAUGCCACUCCGAAAUCAAGCACAAUGCCGUUAAAUGCCUGGAACCUUGCCAAAAGCCACGCAAGGGUUGCUCUCAUCCCUGUCCCAAGAAAUGCGGGGAAGAAUGUCCCUCUAACUGCACAGAAACCGUCUUUCAGGCAGAUAGGCAGCUGAGUUGUGGUCAUCUGAUGCAAACGCUUCCCUGCUGGCAGAGCCAGGACCUAUCAACCGUGCAUUGUCCCACGCAGGUAGAAAAGAUAGUUCCGAAUUGUGAACACAAAGUUCGGGUUGCAUGUUACGUUAAUGUCAGUUCACCCCAGUACAAGUGUCCUGUUCAAUGCGAAAACGUAUUACCAUGCGGCCAUUCGUGCAAGAAACAAUGUUUCAAGUGUAUCACGAGGAGUGAGUCAGGUGAAGUCCAGACGGAGCAUGGUUCUUGUCAACAAAAAUGUGGCAGGAACCAAACCACAUGCGCUCAUAGAUGCGAAACCCUUUGCCACGGUGAACAGCCAUGCCCUCCAUGUCAAUCACCUUGUGAAGUUGGCUGUGGACAUUCCAAAUGUGCGCUAAAAUGUUCGGAUCCAUGCACCCCUUGUGCCGAAGGGAAAUGUCUUUCUUCUUGUCCGCAUAGUGCAUGCUCCAUGCCCUGUGCUGCCCCAUGUGAUCAUGUGCCAUGCUCGGUAAGAUGUGAGAAGUUGUUGAAAUGUGGGCAUCGGUGCCCAUCAGUUUGCGGAGAGGUUUGCCCGUCUGAAAAGUAUUGCCAAACCUGCGGCAGUGAGGAGAUAAAGAAUUACCCAGUCGACUUCAUUUGCGGAGAAACAUACAAAGAAAUCGACCUUGACGACAGCCCGUGUAUAUUCCCCAGAUGUGGACAUUUCCUCACGAUAGAAAACAUGGAUGGACAGAUGGACAUGGGCAAGUACUACGUCCUUGACGAGCGUGGAAAACCGAGUAGAAUUGCCGCCACCUGUCGUGGACCACUGAGAGACAUUGCCAGAUACGGUCGCUUAGUCCGUAGGGCUAUUUUGGACGAGUCCACCAAAAAGCUGAUUUUGUAUCUGAAUCGGGAGUACGUUCCACUUGCGCAGGAACUUCCAGAACGAAUUCAGCAGUUACAGAAUACCAAAAGCAAACGGUCCACUUCCUGGCCUGUAACUAUCAAAAUCAAGGGGAAACGAAAUACGCUGGUUUCCGACAUGCGAACUAUCAUCUCUGCAACGAACAACGGAAGGUGGAAGGACAUUAUCAAUCUGCGACAGCGUAUCCACACUUACCAGAAACGAGUCGCUCCAGAGGAGCAGCCCUAUAUCAGGGCUCACCAACUCGCCAUGAAUGCACGCCGUCGGCAGAAGGCUUUGAAAACUCCCACCGAGAUUGGAAGUGAGGUGCUGCAGACUAAAGGCUGGCUUCAAGAAAUGGCACUAAGUUUGCGUUUGGAUAUUGCCUUGCUUGCGGAUUUCCUCGAGCUGCGUCGUAGUGCCCCUAAAGCAGGAGAAAUCCAAGUCGAUAUGGAUCUGUCAAAUAUGAGAACCGACUGUCAAACGUUGAUCAAGAAUGCUUCCGACUCAAAUCGUGUUCUUCAUCAGACGGAGGGCUAUAUAUUCCUUGCUCAACUCCAUGCCUUUGAGAGAUCACAUACCGCGUCAGCUGAUACUGAAGAACAGCAUUUGAUACUAGGAACUGGGGCCAUCAAUCAAGCUAAGACACUUGUCAACAAAUAUACCGGUCAGACCCAAGGUCUCUCAGAGGAGAUUGAAGGCGCAGAGAAGAUGCUUCGUGGUAUGACUUUUUACACCAUAGUAACUAAUGAAGAGCGCAUGGCUGUUAUUGCAGCCAUGGCUCGUAAGUUUACGGGUACAGGCCAUUGGUAUUAUUAUCGUAACGGGUAUCCGUUCACGUUUGGGGAAUGUGGUGGGCCGAUACAGAGAUCAGUGUGUCCUGAAUGUGCAGAGCCAGUCGGUGGGCAACACCAUGUGGCUGCAGAAGGACUUACACGUGCGAGGGAUUUGGAGGAUUCCUUCGCACAGAUAGACUUGCAUUGA